AGGACCCGUUCUCCGCCCAUGAUCAAGCUCCACGGUGUGUAUGCGGUAGCCACCAUCAGCCGCCUCAUCACCAUUACGCUUGCCGUUAUUUCGGGGCUGUGGACCGGCACUUAUGAUUCCUCGGCGAGUAUCCAAUUAUCAUCAGUAUCCAAUGUUGGACGGUCUAUUCUCAGUGUGUUUCUUCGCUGGGACGCGCUCUAUUUUUUGCAUAUUGCCGACAAGGGCUACAUUUACGAGCAAGAACAUGCCUUUCUUCCGGGCAUGCCACUUGUCGCCCGUCUAUUGGCUAAUACGGUAUUUAGGCCACUACAUGUCUACCUUGGCCGACAAUACACGCUUCUCCUCUCCGGCAUUGUCACCGCCAAUGUAUCGUUUAUCUUAGCAGCCGGCGCGUUAUACAGUUUGACGCGAUCAGUAUUUCCAAAUAAUGUAAAGUUGAGUGGAUUGGCGGCUGUAGCCUUCUGUGUGUCGCCUCCAUCGCUUUUCAUGUCUUCAUUUUACACCGAGUCGCUUUUUGCGUAUCUGAGCUUCUCGGGAAUGAAUUUCAUGUCUCGCGGUCAUCCGCUGCUGGCUUCCAUCGUGUGGAGUUUCGCUUCAGCUACACGAUCCAAUGGCAUCAUUUAUGCCGGUUUCUUUAUCUACCAUCUGAUCAUCCAACCUUGCCUUUCCCGUCCAUUCUCUUUCAAAGUCAUUAUCCUCGGUGUACUGCGGACGGUAAUCUAUACUGCUCUCACUUGGAGCGGAUUCCUUGCUUUCCAGUAUUACGGCUACUUGCAGCAUUGUACUCACGAACCACUUCGGCCAUGGUGCUCUUCCACUUUUCCGUUGCUGUAUAGUUUUGUUCAAAAAGAAUACUGGAACAAUGGGUUCCUGGCGUACUAUGAGUUGAAGCAGUUACCGAAUUUUCUACUUGCUGCGCCUAUUAUAGGUCUCAGCAUUUACGGAUUGUGGACGUACGCUCAAUACGAUUGGACACGAUUUCUCACGUUGGGGGCAGUAUCCCGUCGACCUUUGGGCACAUCGGAGGAUAACACGUUUACCUCUUUUCGAGCUGCCAGUUAUAUCUAUUUAUGGGGGGUUCUACUAUUAUAUGUGACCACGACCAUGCAUGUCCAAGUGAUUCUUCGUUUCUUCACUUCCCUUCCUCCUUUGUACUGGUUCAUGGCCCACCUAUGGACCCAAGGAUACGACGAAUCCAAUCCCAAACCUUCUUCCUCAGUCCAUAAACUUACAGCCAAUAUUCUCCUGUCCUACCUUGUACUUUAUGGUAUGGUGGGUAUUGUUCUAUUUGCUGGUUUCCUCCCGCCGGCUUAGAUUCAAUAAACUUAUCACUCGAACAAUGACCUCUGAAAGGUCGCUUAUUA